AUGUCUCCACAUCCAAAAUGUCCAUGCAAAGGUAGUUGUGUGAAUUGUAUGAAAAAGUUUAGUGGUAUUGUGAAGAAUAAAAUUGGAGUGAGUAAGGUGCUUAAUAGCUUGAAAAAGAUUGGUUGGGGAGGUGAAUUCUUCUCCCGUGAACAACCAUCUCCAUCAAUGAACUCUUCGAAUUGCUCAUCAUCUGGAGUGGUAUCACCAUUGCUUAAUAGAAGAUCAUCAGUAGCAAAUCUGGCCACAUGUUCGACAGGUGCUGUUGGAGAAUCCUCAACAAACUCCUCUGUCACUUCCCUUAUUUCAUCAACUUCAUCGGAUAACUUGAUGGUUGUUGGUUCUUCAUCUUCAUCAUCAACGAAUUGUUCCACCUUCUCGCCUACUUGUCGUUCUGUUGCUCAUCAUCACCACGAACAGAAAGCAACAUCAUGUACAGUUCAAGAAUCAUCCUCCAUGUAA